GCUUCCAUCGCCAACAGUCAAUAACAAACAAAUAAUUGGACUGCACAAUAGAAUAUAAUCAGUGCAAAAAUAGGGGACGGGGCCAGAAUGAUUGGAAACCAGUCACCGUAGUGUCAACAACCACAAGCCAACAUUACACACCAUCUGGUUAAUUCCAAGUACAGGCAGUGACGUCACUGACAAAGAAAUACCAAAACUGCGCAGAAAACAAGGGAAAUCUGUUUAGGCAAGGUCCAUUGGAAAAGGGGGCGGGGAGCUAUAGAAACUGAUCCCCCAGAUUUCACUUUAACCACAAUUAAAACUGAUUAAAAAUCGAAGCGGAGCGAGUGCAAAGUAUUCAGUUCACAAUGACUCGCGAUGAGAAGCUGCCGCUCAAGCAAGCGGAGGUAUCCAUACAAAGGUUUCAAGAUAUGGCGGUUCCCCACCAUCUGAGCCUUUUGAAGAACCAUCGCAGCAAUAUCGAGAAAAGUCUGGCCCUUGGGGACUGGCAAAAAAUCAAAAAAGAGGAACUCAAUGCCUUGAGGGUCAUCAAGCAGAUAAAGAACCUCCUCCUGGAGAUGGAUUCACUACGCGAAAAAGUGCGGGAGGAGGAUCUGGAACGCUUUGAUGACCUUAUGCGACCUGGCAGGGAAAAUGCCUUCGCUGGCAUGAAGGAAUUCGCAGAACUGCAACUCAAGUCGCCCACCUUCACUUUGGGUUCCCAGUACGACGAGGACCUGGACAAUCAACAACCCCAGGAAGUGGACAUGAACAAUCUACCUGCCCACCGGCACAUGCCGCAACUGCAGCUCAAUUUCCAGCUGGAGGAGCACCAACUGGCCCAACGACAAGCCUGUCUGGAUCAGAUGGAGAACCUGCAAAGAGAGAUCUACGAUCUGCACGGAAUGUUCCAUGGCAUGCGGCAACUGACUGCAGAGCAGUCGGUGGCAGUGGAGAAGAUCGCGGACAAUGCGGAGGAAGCACUGGAGAAUGUGCAGCAAGGCGAGUUGAAUCUGCGCCGGGCACUCACCUACAAGAAGGCCAUGUAUCCCGUAGUGGGAGCUCUUCUAGGCACCUGCGUGGGAGGACCCAUUGGACUGGUGGCAGGCAUCAAAGCUGGCGGAUUGGCGGCCGUGGGAUGUGGCAUCCUGGGCUUUACGGGUGGCUCCGUUCUGAAGGCCAAUCCCAAUGUAAUGCAUGGCAAUAUCGAGGAGGAACAGGCGGAGGUGGAUAGCGAAUCGACCGAGAGACUGGAGCUCAAAGAGAAGCCGGAAUGACCCGCUGGAGGAAGUGCUAGGACCACAUCAACGGCCCUGGCCAACACGCACAUUUGGUCGGCGAAUACGCGGCAUUUGGAGGCGGCCACCAGUGGAGUGAUCAGCAGUGUGCGCAGCUAUUGUUCCGUGCAAUAGACUUUACACCGAUUUUAGUUCAAUAUCCCCCAUUUUGUGAUUAUACAUGUGCAGUAACAGCAUCAUUUUCUAGUUUAAGCGUUGGAUAUUUGUUGUUCACAUGACACCGCAACUGUGCGUAGAUCUUAAGGCUUUAAUAUGCAAUAAUAACUCGUAGCUUUAUCAACUGAA